AUGGCUUUGCGUGGAAUGGGGGUUCUCUUGAUUCUUUGGGUCACGGAGGGCUCAAUGCGUGACGAUGACUUCCCUUUCUACGACCUUGGAACCAUACCAGCAUGGCGUGAUUUGCGCUCUCUUCGUGGGACGCAGUCACAGGACCAGUUUGACAAGGAGAAGUACCACAAGCAAUUGAAGGAACUGGAUGUCCAAAGUCUUUAUGAGUCCAUUUCCAGGCUCAUGAAAGACUCCAAGGCCUUCUGGCCUGCUGAUGGUCCUCAAGACGGUGACGUUGCCAGCUAUGCUGGCCUCUUCGAAAGAUUGGCCUGGCAUUGCUCUGGCACCUUCCGUCUUGUGAAUGGGACAGCAGCAGGUGGCUGUGAAGGGGCAAGACAGCGUCACUGGCCAGAAAACGAGUGGCGGGACAAUUCCAACCUGGACAAGGCGCGCGGUUUGCUCGGCCAGGUGAAGCAUGAGUUCGGCUCCCAAAUCUCCUGGAGUGAUCUCCUCACAUUCGCAGGUACGACGGCCAUCAAGGCCAGCGGAGGCCCGGCGAAGAAGUUCUGCUUCGGCAGAGUUGAUGAUGUCAACGGCAAGAGGUCCAUUCCUCUCGGCGUGGAGGGUGUCAAAGAAUGUUUGGGAAACAAGUUCUGCAAAUCAGACUUUGAGUGUCCGGUUGCAUUCCGCUGGCCAGAGCAAGACGAAGCUGACCAUGCUCGUUGCAACUUGACGCAGCCACAUCAUAGGCUGCAAGCAAGCCAUUCCGUGGGUUUAAUCUACGUCUACCCAGAAGGGCCAGAGCUCAAAUCCUCUGCAAAGGGCUAUUCCGCAAAGCAAGUGCACAACCGUUCCCCCCGAUUCAGCGCCUUGGAGGUUAGAGACACUUUCAAAGAGCGCAUGGGUUGGACUGACAGGGAGACUGUUGCUUUGAUCGGCGGGGGCCACACAAUGGGAAGAACUCAUGGCAACUGCAACCUGACGGGCACGAAAUGGGCUUCACAUCCUUACAAUGAGGUGGGGCCGUUCUUCGAAGCCCAAGCAGGUGCUCUCAGGGGGCCGACCGAUGGAACCUGUGGCACAGGAGCUUCAGCUGGCUUGGCUCAGAAUACGGUUUCGUCUGGCUUUGAGGGGCCAUGGACAAGGACUCCGUCCCAGUGGAACUAUGACUUCUUUGAUGCAAUGCUGACAGAGGAGUGGGAGCCAGUAAAGAGCCCUUUUGGAGCAGACCAAUGGCGCACCAAAAGCCGACACAGUACUUAUGCAUCGACCAUGCGUCUGACAGCAGACCUCUCUCUCGUCAAUGAUGAGACAUAUGCAGCCAUUGCAAGAGAGUAUGCUGCAGACCACGCAAAGUUCGAUUCGGACUUUGCAGAUGCCUGGUACAAAUUGGUGCAUCGCUCAGAGGACAACCCAAACGAGAACGACCUGGAAAGCAAAUUCGGUGUUUGCACCCGAUUUGAGUUUGUCAAGUGA